GCCCCUGCGGGCCCGGGGCCCCGGGGCCGUGUGGGGCGGGAGCCUCGGGAGCCGACUCCGGGAUCUGCACCCCAAGGACUCCCGCCGAGGGGUCCACGUGGACCCUGGGCCGCGGCGGGACUGGAGCCCGUCCCCACCGCGCGCGCGGGGGGAGUCGGCGCUGCAACCGGGUUCCCCUUUUCUGCAGCUCAAAGCUUGGGGAAGUGAUUGCUCAAAGGGGGGGCCGGAAGAACCCAGGUUUCCGCGUCUCCCGCCCCCCUCAGCCUGGUGGGGAGGGACCGAGGCGGGACACCCUGUCCGCCCCCGCCCCGUUGGAUCUGGCAGCCUCUGAGCCCUGCGAGUCGCAGGGGAGGCGCUGCGCCCCCGGCCCCAGCCGAUCGGGGCCCCCGGCGCCGACCUCCCUCCAGAGCGCCGCAGGAGAGUCCCCUGCCGUCUGACUCGAAUCCCUGCUGCUGCAGUGCACGCCCCUUCGGCAGUCAGGGUGGGGGUGCAGACCGAACGUGGCCCCUCCCGCCCCCACCUCGCCUUUGGGUCGCUGAAACUUGACCCCUGAGGGAAAGGCUGUGGGGCUGCUGCUUCCCCAUCUGCUUGCUGGGAGCCCUAGGACCACGUUUGAGGAGGCCCCCAGGAUUUGAGGGAAGCCGGGCAGGUGAACCCCAGGCUGUGGGGAGGGUCCCGGAGCCAGCACCACGGAGCCUGGGUGUCCUGCACCCACCCAUGCCCACCACGCAUGAGGUUGAGAAACAGCACACAGGGCCAGAGGAGGCAGAUCAGCCCCCCUCGAUGUCCAGUCAUGAUGCGGCCCCGCCAGCUGCCUCCAGCCGCAACCCCUGCUGCCUUUGCUGGUGUUGCUGUUGUAGCUGCUGGAAUGAAGAGCGACGGCGGGCGUGGCGGGCCUCCCAGGACAGCAAGCUGCAGCCCCUCCCCAGCUGCGAGGCGUGCAGCACGCCAAGCCCCGAGGAGGUGCAGAGCUGGGCGCAGUCCUUCGACAAGCUGAUGCGCAGCCCGGCGGGCCGCGGAGCCUUCCGGGAGUUCCUGCGCACAGAGUACAGCGAGGAGAACAUGCUCUUCUGGCUGGCCUGCGAGGAGCUCAAGGCCGAGGCCAACCAGCACGCGGUGGACGAGAAGGCGCGGCUCAUCUAUGAGGACUACGUGUCCAUCCUCUCCCCCAAGGAGGUGAGCCUGGACUCCCGUGUCCGGGAGGGCAUCAACAGGAAGAUGCAGGAGCCUUCGGCGCACACGUUCGACGACGCGCAGCUGCAGAUCUACACACUCAUGCACCGGGACUCCUACCCCCGCUUCCUCGGCUCCCCCACCUACCGUGCGCUGCUGCUUCGGGGGGCCCCCCAGUCCUCCCACGAGGCCUAGGCUGCCCGCUGCCCAGCACACUCUGGGGUCACCCUCAUCCGUGGGUGGCAGCAGGUGGCAGGCACACCAGGCCCAGCACUCUGGGGGAGCUCCCAGGCAGGAGCUCCCUCCAUCCAGGGGGCCCGGGGCCCCAGGGUACAGCAAAGAGGCAGGUGUGAGCCUCAGGGCUAGCGGCCCCUCCUGCUGGGGCUCCGCCUGGUGAGAGGAGGGGCCCUCCCAGGAGGCAUCUUGGACCCACCAGCCUCACUAGGGCCCCUCCCCAGGCAGCAGGGGGGGGGGGGCCUGGAGAACACCUUCAGUGGAGAAGAGAAACCCUAUACUGCCUACUUCUGUCAUGGAGAGACUCUCCAACGAGCCUUCUGCACGGACUCAGACCCAGGCCUCAGAACAAGACUCAGGCCAUAGGCCCCAGUUUCUUUUAUGUUCGUUAACUUUAAACCUGGAAACAUUGCUCACUGUGUUUUAUCAAAAAAAGAAAAUGUUUUCAUAUUUAUCUCCAUCCCUCCUCCUCCCAAAAUAGGAUGUCUUAUAAU